CGUCCACCAAGCCCGCGUCGCGGUCCACCCAAUCAUCAAGAACCACGGAUUACGGCACUGUAAUACCCGAAGGUAGCCCAAUGAGCGUCUUCGCCAGGCGUACUGGCCCGAUCCGCAGGCUGUACACUUAUGUCUUGCGUCUCCCAUUUGGGCUGUUGAGUCGCCGCGACCCUCCCGCGUCCCCGGUGACGGAUCCUCACCAUUCAUCCUUGCCUUCCCCAGUCGACCCCGGCAUUCCGAGUGUACCACCCUCACCUUUGCACUCUGUGGAGGCUUGGGUACAAGAGGUCCACGCAGCGCUAUCCCUGGCCGCUUCUGACGCUGCUUCCUCUCCCGACCUUUCUUGCUACGCUGCGGGGAACUCAACCAUUCCCUUUCCAAGUCUGGAUGAGCCCUCCAUGACCGCAGACUUACGCGGCUUGCAGGGCAGCAUCGACAGCUUCCCCGAAAAUGCGCACGCCCCAUGUGAUCCCUCGCACACCUUCAUCUCGACCGACGAGAUCACCGUCUCUGAGGGUCCCUUCCCAGGCCUAAAGCUGCAUAUUCACGUCGGACCAAAACGCAACGCCGACGCCGUACCACUUGCAGACGCAAUGUCCAACUUUUUCAUGCGCGGCGUUGCAUCGAGCCAUCACUGCCUGACGCAGCUCUACGUAUCGCUUGAGCACGCAACAGUGCGCGGUGGUCGGUUCAUGGGCGAGGACGCUCUCUACGUCAUUCUUCGGCAUAUGUCACACUGGCUGCGCUUGGUCCUAUCGGUGCACAUUAAUUAUCAAUGCCCCGACGAACUCUCGGUUUACGACCCUUCCAUUCGCUACGAGCUCGUCGUCCGGGAAUCGUUCUGCAGACUGCGUCGCCUGAGGCUCGAAGGGAAGACGGGUGUGCGCCGCCUUAGCAUCUUUCCCCUGGUGCAGCUUCGGCAACUCGAGAUCGCAUUCGAUAUUGGGACCGCGGGCCUCGCGAUACUCCUGUAUCAUUGUGGGGAACUGGACAUGCUCUUUGUUCGCAGCAACACCAUCAACUUCACCACCAGCCUAACAAACUCGGUCAACGACGAGGUUCGGCGCCUCACGCGCUUCCCUUCUGUCAUGCAUCUCGAAGGGGACCAUUUCGACGCUGAGCUGUUCCGCUACAUUGCUCGUGACGUAGAUGUCCGCUUGACGGUGUCCCGGGCAUGUCCUCGGCUUGCGGAGCUGCAACACAUCUUCAAAGGCCCACAAAAUCCUUGGCUCCUUCGCAUAGUUGACAAUAUCUAGGAGCAUGGUGUCGCGCCCCUCGUACGCACCUCGUGUAUAGGAAUUCCUUUACCAACUCUGUCAGGUAC